GGGUUAGGGGGCGAGCAGUUGAAAAGAGAGUGAAGAACGCCACUCACACUGUUCACCUCACACACGCAAGAGAAGCACCAUGUCCCACUGCAGCCUGGCCCGCUCACUGCACGUGCUGUCACUCUGCCUGUGUAUAGCACUGGCCAGAGCGACCAAUUAUGAAGAUGACAUAGACGUCAACUUUGGGGAGCCUUUCUACAAUGAAAUCCCAGUAGCAGAGGCAACAGCAUCCCCAACAGACACAGCAGACGCAGCAGACACAGCACCCUGCAGCGCACCAGACCUGAGCAAAUGGGACAAGAUGUUUUCAAUGCUGGAGAACAGUCAGAUGAGGGAGAACAUGCUGCUCCAAUACUCUGAUGACAUCAUCAAGGUGGAAAUAGACUCUCUACGGCAGGAGAUGCUCAGGUUUGUAGCACAGUAUGGUGGUUCGUGUGGUGUAGCAGUGGAGACAGCAGGUAGAAAAGUGUCUCUUCAGCUGGAAAGCCAUUUCAAAGACAUGCUGGAUCAACUCAAACCAUGUGAAAAUACUAAUGUGAAAUCUGGAGGCCUCCAGCUGGAGCCAGUCCUACAGCAGCUCCUCUCUGCUGCUCAGUCUCAAGCAUCUCGCCUGGUGAAACUGGAGAGCAACUGUUUCGGUGGGUUGCAUUCAAAGACCGGAUUCCAGCAUUCAAACCAGCACCAGGAGCAGGAAGUUGCUUCCCAAGAGGGAAUGCUUGGAGCAGCACUUGGAGCUUUACAGCAAUCAAGGACAGAACUGGAAGAGGUGCUGUCAUCACUGAAGCAGAGAUACUUACCUGGAGGUUGUGAUAUGGCACUUCUGUUUCCCAUGCGCUCACGGCGUAUCUACACUUCGGUUGUACCAGAGGUUCCACUAUCGCUCUCCUCCUUCACUGCCUGUCUCUGGGUGAAGCCAAAUGGUGUCUCCAACAAAACAGUGCUGUUAUCAUACGGAAGUCGCCAAAACCCAUAUGAGAUUGAGCUGCUGCUCAGCCAUGAUGCGGCCCAGCUCACUGUGGGGGGAGAGGCUCAUCUGGUGGAGGCCAGUGGAGUUCUGAAGCCAGGAGAAGUCUCCCAGUGGAUCCACUUGUGUGGGACUUGGUCCUCUGACCAGGGCAAGGCCAGCCUGUGGGUGAAUGGUCAAAGGGCGGUACUUAUAUCCGGUGUGGCUGAAGGACAUGUCAUACCUCAAGGAGGCUCCCUGCAGUUGGGACAGGAGAAAAAUGGCUGCUGUGGUGGGGUGCCUGGGUUUGAGGAAGGCUUUGACCGUAAGCUUGCUUUUGCAGGGAGGAUGACGGGAGUGAACAUAUGGGACAGGGUGCUGUCAGAAGGAGAGAUUACUCAGCUUGGUCAGAUCGAGAGCCAAAGCUGUGGCCACAGGGGCAAUGUGGUAGCAUGGGGUCUUACUGAGAUGGUGCCGCAUGGUGGCGCUCAGUUCAUCCACUAACAGACUCAUGUGCAAACACAACACUUACUGUCAAUGUGACUCCUGCAACAUCACGAUAAGCUGCCACGUUAAGAGUGACGAGAAUAUAUCACUAUAAACUACAUUGAGAGAGGUAUAUGCAACCUUUUAUAAUGAACAAUAUGCUGCAAAGCUUCUGUAAAUGGCAUGUGCUGUUCAGAGGAAACUAAAACUGUGAGAGACUGCUUAUAAUAAAACCACUAAUGGGACUAAGCCCCAAACAAAUUCAAUACUCAAUGAUGUUGGUUAAGAAGAGAAAGGUUUAGUUAGUUUGAAGAGUUUACCAAAGAUUUAUUUCAUUGUCACAAAAAGAUGUUAUUUUACUAAAGGAAUUUAAAGGAGCAGAAAAAUGAGAGACAACCAUGAUUUCUCUAAAUAUUGUGAAGCCUGAUGAGGCAAAGCAUUAAUAGUCUUUUACCUUGUGUUAUAUUCCUAAUUUUAGGGGUAGUCUUAUUUGUAUUGUUUUGAAGAUUUUCUUCAGUCGGUAUUAAACACGUAUAUGGUGACAGUGAAGUACGUUUGUAUUGUAAAAUCAAUGGUAUUAUUGUAAAUAACUUUGUGAUAGAUCACUGCUGUAUAGAAUAUGCCUCCAUUUAACCAAGGCUGACCAGUGAGACCAAACUAUAAUAACUAUAAAGAUGGCCCCUCUGCAUUCAUAUCAUUACAUCUGUUUUUCUUUUUUUAAGUCAAGGUCAAAUGUUUGUGGUUUUGGUUUAACUGUCAGAGAAUGAAUAAAACUGAGGUCAAUGUUUACAAUGUUCCUGUAGUAUAUUUGUAAAUAUGUUAAGCUGUUGUUUAAUGUCAAAAGUGAAUGUAUGUUGUACAUAAAUAAAAGAGCUGCCAUUAUGUUUCUUUUAUAAAAUAAAAUCUGUAUUUUUUGUAAAGCACUUCGAUUACAGUCACACAUUUUUAAUAAAGAGACUAAAACUACCA